GUUCCUAAUUUCAGCCAAGAAAUACCUCAUACAUCGACACUUACCGAAUUAAUUACGUAAACUCGCUCAUUUCUGCCACUCCUACUCUACUAUAUAUAUCUCCACCAGGACCACUCGUUCAAAGCAAAGGGAGAUCGAGCAAAAAACUCAUCAGAUUAAAGUAGCAUUUCAUCAUCAACCUAGAGCAAUAGAAAAUGAAGGUGGAGCAGCAGCAAAUUAGCAACAUGAAAACUCCUCCAAAUCCUCCCCACGUUCUGGUCCUGCCAUUCCCAUUCCAAGGCCACAUAAACCCAGCCCUCCAAUUCUCCCGCCUCCUCAACUCCAAAGGAGGAAUCCGGGUCACCCUCAUCAUCUACGCAGAAACCACCGAGUUGACCCAGGGCCAACUCGGCUCCCUCGGCGUCCACCUCCUCUCCAGUACCCACGAACCGGCGGCCGUACAACAAGAGGGCGGGUUCGGCUUCCUCGACAGGUUCGCCAGAACGGUGAAGAAGGAACUGCCACGUGUGGCUGACGAGAUCGAGAGGGAGACCGGAUCCGGCGCGGCCUGCCUCGUCUACGACUCGGUGGCUCCCUGGGCUCUGGAGGUCGCGAGGGAGAUGAACAUCCCGUGUGCUUCCUUCUUCACCCAGCCUUGCGCCGUCGACGCCAUCAUCUGCGGCUAUCACGAGGGCAGGAUCAAAGCUCCGAUUACCGACAAGGAGGAGAAGUUUCGGGUUGAAGGUAUGGCGGAGGUGUCGCUGGCGGUCCAUGACCUGCCUUCUUAUCUUCGUGAUGAAGAUGACGAAAACGCGCCCGAGUGUCUGGCCCUUUUGGCUGCCCAGUUCUCCAACGUGGCGGGUGCGGAUUGGGUCUUCUGCAACACUUUCACUGCCCUUGAGGAAAAGAUAGUACACUGGAUGUGCAACAAGUUCCGAUUCAAGGCGGUGGGACCCACAAUCCCAUCGAUCUACCUUGGGAAGCAGCUGUCGUCCGACGACGACACGUGUCACGAGUACGGCCUCAGCCUCUUCAAGCCCCAGCACUCCACAACUUACCUGAAGCAGUGGCUGGACUCCCAGCAGCCCAAAUCGGUCGUCUACGUGUCGUUCGGUAGCGUGGCCAGCCUGUCCGACAAACAGACCGAGGAAGUAGCCGCCGCGCUCGAGAAACUGGACCGGCCGUUCCUGUGGGUGGUCAGGAAAUCCGAACAGGACAAGAUCCCUCCCGGGUUCGUGGAGGACACGUCGGACAGGGGCCUGGUGGUGACGUGGUGCUGCCAGUUGGAGGUGCUGGCCCACACGUCGACGGGUUGCUUCGUGACUCACUGCGGGUGGAACUCGACGAUCGAGGCGCUGAGCAUGGGUGUGCCGAUGGUGGCGGUGCCGCAGUUCGCCGACCAGCCGACCAACGCCAAGUUCGUGGAGGACGUGUGGGGAGUCGGGGUGAGAGUGAUGGUGCGGAAGAGAGAUGGGGAAGAGAAAGCAAUGGCGAGGAGGGAAGAGAUCGAGUGGGGUGUGGUGGAAGUGAUGGAAGGAGAGAGGGCCAAAGGCAUUCGAAAGAAUGCGGAGAAAUGGAAGACUCUGGCUCGAGCUGCUGUGGCUGACGGUGGGAGUUCAGACAAGAACAUUGAGGAGUUCGUGGAUGAGCUUGUGAACCUGCAGUUGCUCAAAAGGUUGGAGUUGUAAGAAUGUGUGUAUAGGUAUAGUAGAUAUGGAGGUCUCGUUCUAUGUUUGUGUUAGUAAUUGAUGUGUUUGUGUGGGGUGAAAAUGAAGCUUUGCUGCCAUGUUUCAAUAUGUUCCAAAGGCCAGAACGCAUAACUCUUUGACUACUGUAGUACUGUAUCCAAAACAUGAUAUGGCAAAGGAGGAUUAACCUGAAACAAGAUGGCAUUGCAUCCUCUGGUCUAAUCACAGCAGCCUCUAGUAGCUUCACUUAUCACUAAAGUUCGAGAGGGGAAAAAGAUUGAUACAGGUUUUACACCGAUACUAAAAUUUCUAGCUGCACAAGUUUCACCGAAGUUGGUGCACACUUCCCUACUACCUUCAAUCCUAAGCAUAAGAUUACAAGCAAAACACCUCUUGUUUGAGUUAGCAGGCAGGAAUUACUAGAACCGAAAAAAGACAUCACAGUGCUCCUACCGAAGGUAUUCAUGGUGCGUGAAUCAACGCUGCAUCGCUCGCUGGUUCACCCAUAACAGCCACAGCAGUUGGUUUGCCCUAAAAGAUAUCACAUCCUGGGCAAGUUAUCCUGCAUUGCCAGAGUAGAGGAACACCAGAAAUUAACUGACCGACAAUGUUAAAACAUUAAAACACGCAUACUGAGACCACAGCAAGGCAUAAACUCGGAACAUUCUAAAGGGAAAAGGGUUGAUAGCUAAGACACUGGAAGUUCGAGGGGUGAGGGUUUGUGAGGACUGAACACUAAUUUAAUAAUUUUCUUCAAAGAACAAAAUCACCAAACAUUCAAGUCAGAUUGACUAUCUGGGCUACUGUCAGGUACCAACGCAUCUAGGAAUAUCUCAUCCAAGUGAUUGCCUGCGCAACCAUGCCUGCCCUAUUUCAUCAGAUAAUCAAUGCUCUUGAGUCAAAAUAGAGAAAGUAGUAAGAACUGUUACCAUUACCAUCUGGUAACUGCUAAAACAUAUGCGAGUGGUUGUGUGUGGCUUCAGCCUAGUGCCAAGAUGACAAACAUCAAGUAGAGUGUGUGGUCUUCAAGCAUCGACAAACAAAGGAUUAAAAAUGGA